GAAAGUACAACACCACAUAACACAAAAAGCUGCGACAGAAGACGACAGACGAGGACGACGAAGACGACAGACGAGGACGACGAAGACAAAACACGUACGCUCAUCGCAGAGCCUCGCAUUCUUCCCCUUCCCUUUUCUGAUUGCUGGGUACCCAUUUUCUAAAAUCCCUCUAAUUGGUUGCUGGAUCUCAAUCUCAAGUUCUACCAUUCCUACACUGUCAUGAUGGUUUCUGGGAAAAGGGGUGUAUGAACCUAAAAACAUUGUGGGGGACUUCCCAAAAGAGCAUGAUUUGAACCAGCUAAGCCUCUCUUAGGGAGGCUGUGUGCCUGGUUGAAUGAGUUGGUGUCUGAAUUGAGAGGCGGUGGUGUUGCUGUUUUGAAAGACGAGAGAUUUAAACCCAGAAGAGCAUUAGGGGUUUGUGGGAAAAUAAGGAUGUGCAAUAUUGAACAGCAGAAGGUACAACCCAGAGAAGCCUGUGGGUAUGCUUAACAAUUGUAUGGCAUCACUUUCAAUAACACCACUCUUUCUCUUGCCAUCGCAAUUGGUGUAACCUUGUAGAUUAGAGUUAGUAGGUUUUGAGCCAAAAUGUGAGGGACAACCUUGAAUAGCAUUAGGUACUACUCAAAGAAGCACGGAUAUUCACUUAAUUAAUCAUUUAGAGAAGUGCUUAGCAUGGUUUCUGACUGUUUAAUAAGCUCAGUAUGAGUAGCAUUGAUAUUAUCUUGACUGCCAGGGGAUUUAACACAAAAGAGCAUUCCUAUGUUGAACACGCCGUCACCGAGGAGGAUUGUUCUUAGGAAAAGACGAGGUCCUAGAGUGGAGUUGGCUUACUGCUUAGACAAAGCUUGCUGUCUAAUCUGUAAAAACUUGGAGCACACUGUGACUAUUUACUUGAAGAUGAUGGGAAUUAAUGCAAAAGAUCAUUUGGUGUUGCUUUGAAGUUCAUGGUGUACCUUGUUGAGCAAUAUAAGAUAGCAAUAUAUGUGUUGCUAAGAUAUGCUGACAUGGGACAUGGUACCAAGUGAAAAUGAUUCCAUGAUGGGAAAAAGAAAGUUAGAAGAACUUAUUGCCUUGGAAGGGAAGAAGAAAAAGAAGAAGAAGAAGCAAGUUGCAACACCUCGUCCUGCAUGUUCUUGGGUGUAUUUUAGCCGGGAGUUUAUUAGGGAGUAUAGUGCUUCCCAUCCUGAGUCUUCAGGCCUUAAAGCUGCCACAAAGGCUGCCUCAGAUGCUUGGAAAUCUAUGAGCCUUGAGGAGAAAGCAAAAUACACUAAGCGUUCCCGUGAAGUAUGGGAUAACUACUUGACAACAGCUCCCGCCCGUGCCCCCAAACCUAGAAAACAGACUAACCUUGUCACAAGGUGCUCUCCUGGACGGCUAUUCAAUGUCUUACAACGCCUCACACCUGAUCAAAAGGCUGCAGUGAGAAGCAUGGGAUUUGGAAGCCUCCUUGGCCUCAGAUGCAGGACCCUUCGCCGCAGUUUGUGCCUUUGGUUAUUGGAGAGGUUCGACACGGCAAGACGCAGCUUGGAGAUUUGUGGUGAGCGCAUUCCUUUAUCCCCAAAGGAUGUGGAGCUGGUGAUGGGGUUAGCAGCUAGUGGGAAGGAUGUGGUUAAUUCAGGCCCUGAUGACCUAAUUGUAGAAUUACGUAAUAGUUAUAAUGCUACAAAUCAUGGGAUUUCUGUACGUCUUCUCGAGGAGCGAUUGGCGGCUCCAGAAGCAGGAGAGGAAUUUAAGAGAUCAUUUAUCCUUUAUGCAUUGGGCACUGUGUUGUGCCCUACAGCAAGACUAGAUGUUAGUCCUUCAUUCCUCCAUUUCUUGACAAAUAUGGAUACCAUCCAUCAAUACAACUGGGGAAAAUUUUUGCUUGACCGGCUAGUUCGAGAGGUAUCUCGCUUUCAUCAAGGCAAACAACGUGCAGUUGGUGGCUGUCUUUUGUUUCUCCAGCUUUUUUACUAUGAGACUGUUUCUGUGGAAGGACCUGGUUCAUUGGUGCCUGGUCUUGGUCCAUGCUUGUCAUCAUGGGGAGAGGAAGAGAUUACUGAGAGAGAAAAACGAGAAAGAGAGCUUGGUGGUUAUGGUUUUGGAGAGGUGCUUUACAAGGAGAGUUGCCUAGGGACUGAAUCAUCCAGAUGCAGAGCCCAACUAGAUUGUCUGCCAUCAGGCAGAAUGGGUACUAGCUCUGAGCAUGGUCCUGCCCUUGGACAUGAGGGGAACCAGGUUGAGAGAGAUCAAAUGAAUGGAGAAAUCAUUAUGGAUGAGGCAAAUUUGCCAAUUUAUCUUGGGGAUAAGAAUGUAGUAUGUGGAGACAUUGAAGUGGUUGUGGAAUCAGUGAGAAAAGCAUGCCAGAACAAAGAAUAUGGGUGCAAAGAAACAUUGGAUUACAUGAAGAAAAGUGAACAUGAAGAGACUUGCAGCUAUGCACCAUGCACAUGUCCUCUUCUAGAGUGCGACUUUGUUGGCUCAUCUGAACAGUUGUCAUUACACUUCAGCAGUAAACAUUGGGAUUCUGGAAGGCGUUUCAGAUACAAUUGCCCUCAAGCCAUAUCCUUGGGCAUGAAUGAGCAAUUCCUUGUUCUUCAAGCAGAGGAGGAUGGGAUUCUUUUUCUUCUCAACAAGGGGAUUGAAGCAAUUGGAAAUACAAUCAUGAUAACUUGUAUUAAGCCAAGUUCAUCAAAGGAGACGUUCUUGUAUGAUUUAGUAUCAGGAAGAGGAAUCAGCUCUCUUCGGCUAAAAUCAUUUACACAGAAUUUCCCAGGUCGAGUGGAGGGCUUUCCUCCAGUGGAUUUCCUUCUAAUUCCAUUUCGGUUCCUCAAUUCUUCACGGCAGCUCAAUGUAGAGGUUUGUAUAUGGAAUUCAGCAGAACUUGGUGCCGAUUGCCCUGCCCUUGGCUUGGCCAUUUCAUGAGCAUUUGGGGUACAAUUUGACCAAUAAUGGAAUUCUCUUCCACAUGGAAUUCAAUAGAAGUUGGUGCAUUUCUUACCCAUUUCAUUAAGCAUCUAGUGUACAAUAGUGUUCUCUUGUAUAUGGAAUUCAUGCAUGUUUGUCCUGCUCUCUCUCCCUCUUUCUUGUACAUGAAAUUCAACAAAAUUUCUUGCAUGUUGUCCUUUUCUCUCAUUCUCCAUUUUGGAAAUAAAUGUACAUUAUAAACCAU